AUGGAGGUUGAAGAGGAGCCGGUGGAGAGCCAAUUGGGCGAGAUUGUGAAGGAACCUUUGCAGACAGAUAGGAAUAGUGAUGAAAGUGAAGAAGCUGGGGAGAUAAGAGUAGUUGGUGCUCGAACGGGAUCAAUUGAGUAUCCAGACAAGGCUGGAAAGAAAUUAGCUUCAGCUGAUCAAGGUGAGAUUAUGGGAUCGGAAUUGAAAGUCGUACAAGAUGAGUCUGAUCAGAUAAGCGAACCCCAGCAGAUCGGCGAUGAAGAAGUUGAUCAAGCGACGAUAGAUGUUGUUGCUGGAACAAUGGGUGUUGCGGGUGGUGGGACUUGUCCGGGUGAUGACAUGUCUGAAUUUGAGACGGGAGAGAUCGAAGACCGGGCGGAUGUUUCGGACUUUGAGGCUCCCGUUGAAGAUUCGCCCAAGAAUCCCGAAAAUAGCAAUUCCAAAGAUUCUAUAAGCGCUGAUGAAGUUCUGGAGUCUUUGGAUAGGGCUGCCGAGAUUUUGCCCGCUCAAAGUGGCUCAAUUAAUACAAUUCUGAAGAACGCGGAUGCCACGGGCCCUUCUGGAAAGGACGUUAUUGAAGUUUCACAAGGGGGAUCUUCAAUUGAGCAAAAUUCUAUUUCCGAGGUAGAUCAAGUUGUGGCUAGCGAGCUCAAGGUCAAGCUGGAGGAUUCAAGCACGUCGAUUACUGGCUUGAUUACGUCUGCUGAUGUGUCGGUCGUUGAUGUUAAAGAAAUCAGCGACACCUACAGCCAUGCAGAAGAAGAGACAGUGGCCGGGGAGAAAGCAAGCAUUGCAGAAGCGGUAUCUUCGCAGGAGAGUGGGGUUGAUGAGGAAAAUGAUUUGGCGUCUCAACUCACUGAUGAAGUUUCACCACUGGAUGAGGGAGGCGCUGGUACUCCGACAUUGGAGCUAAAGACUGGCGAAAUGGAUGCCACUGCAGCAGAUGAGCAGUUGCCUGAAGCUGGAGUACAAUCCGAUGAUGUCAGCGGAGCAGAAAGCACUAGUGUCGAGACAACUGGUAGGCAUGACGAAGACGUAAGGAAAGACGUCGGGGAGGAGAUAGAUGCAGGUGCGGAGGCAACUCCAAAGGAAGGUGACCGCGUCAAAGACGAGCUACAGAAGGGAAUUAACACGACUCAGGAGAAUCGCAAGCCCAUGGACGAAGACACAAAUGACUUGCAAAUUGGCCCCACCUUAAAUAAGGAAAAGGAUGAAGCGGUUCAAGAAACCGAUGAAAAAUCUGAUGUGAUUGUUGAACACCGAAUGACAGAUGACGCCUUCCAGAAAGUUGCCUAUGUGGUCGAGAAGCCGGUGCAUGAGCCAGAAGAAGAAAGCAUCGAUGACCUUGAAACUAGCAAAGGACCCGUGUCCCAAGCCGUUGAUGUGGGUCAGACUGUCAGCGAUGGUGCGUUAAGUCAAGAGAUAGAAGACACGACAAUUGAAAAGCCGGCAAAGACCGAGAGUUUGGUUACAACCCCCCUUUCUCUCGACACCGACGAAUUGGAACGAACCCAAGCCACCGGAGUUUCUUCAAUCCACGCUGUAACAGAUGCAGUAGAGGAUCUAAGUCAGCUCAGGGAUCCUCCUUCAAACGACGAAAGUGAAAGUCUGGGAAUGGAGGAGGACGUGGAAGCUGGCGAAUCCUACUCACCCAAAGAACGGCAAGCUGAAUUAAAUCACAAGAGUGUCGACAAGCCUUCAGACAAAGGUGAGAAAACGGAACCCUCAUUAGCCGUCCAAGAUAGCGAAUGUCAAACUGCUAUCGCAGAUAUUACAGAUGACAUUGACGAUCUACUGCGGGAACUUGAUUUUGUCGAUGACUCUGAUGCUGCGAUGCUAAUCAAGGAGAUUGAAAACAAGAGCACCGGGAAGACCACGAAGCCACCCAGCACGGCUGCUGCCGACACCACGUCUGUGUCGCACUCAGAGAUCCAACGGCUACUGGAAAACGAACCCGUAUACAUUUAUACCUCCCUUGCCGGUGGUGGGUUCCAUAUGCCCUCGCGAACCAACCGAUUGGCACAAAUAUUGACUGCAAACCAGAUCAAAUUUACAUAUCGCGAUCUGGGGACAGAUCUAGAAGCGAAAAACGUUUGGAAACGGUUCAGCAAAGGCCGCUUGCUACCCGGUGUUGUGCGUGGCCGCGACGAUAUCAUCGGCAACUGGGAAGAAAUGGAAGAUGCAAACGAGGAUUACAAAGUGAGAGAAUUGAUUUUCGAGACUCUUUGA